ACCUUGUCUCUCUCAUGCUCUCACAAGAAUUAUGUCCUGCCAUCAGAUUUAUCAUCCAAAUUAUGAAUCACCGUCUAACUCUAACUGCUUUCAAUCAGACCCGCCGUCUCUUUAUUCUCAGCCAAGCCUUCCAUCCGUUCCUACCCUCACCUCACGAGUCCCCCACCAAGAAUGUCUUUCUAAUGUUCACCACCACUGCCUUGUCACUCUCAAAGGCCACACCUCCUACAUAUCCUCCCUCACCGUUGCUGGAAAGUUCCUAUUCACAGGCUCUUCAGAUAGGGAAAUCAGAUCAUGGAAGCGCAACCUCCAGAGUUCUGACUACCAAGAUCUACCAAACAACGUGAUGGCAGUGGGAAAAGGUGCAGUGAAGUCCUUGGUUGUAUUGGGUGAUAAACUCUUCAGUGCUCAUCAAGAUCACAAGAUACGAGUAUGGAAGAUAAUCAGUGAUGAUCCAAAUCAUCAAAAGUAUACGCAUUUAGCUACCUUACCAACACUUGGUGACCGUGCUUUGAAGCUUCUCUUGCCCAAGAACCAAGUUCAAAUCAGAAGGCACAAGAAAUGCACCUGGGUCCAUCAUGUUGAUACUGUAUCAGCACUUGCCUUGUCCAUGGAUGAGACCCUCCUCUAUUCUGUUUCAUGGGAUAGGACAUUCAAAAUCUGGAGAACAAGUGACUUCAGAUGUUUGGAAUCAGUAACAAAUGCUCAUGAUGAUGCAAUAAAUGCAUUGGCAUUAUCAAAUCAUGGAGAUGUUUAUACUGGAUCAGCUGACAAGAAAAUUAAGGUGUGGAAUAAAAAAAUAGGAGAGAAAAAACAUUCUCUUGUUGCUACUCUAGAAAAACACAAUUCCGGGAUUAAUGCAUUAGCUCUAAGUCCUGAUGGGUCUGUUCUGUACUCAGGGGCAAGUGACAGAUCUAUAGUGGUAUGGAAGAAGGCCAGUGGAAGUGGCAUGGUUGUUGUUGGGGCUCUUAGAGGCCACACCAAGUCCAUAUUGUGCUUGACAGUGGUGUCAGAUUUAGUAUGCAGUGGUUCUGCAGAUAAAACAGUCAGAAUUUGGAGAGAUUUUGAGGGGAAUUUUUCCUGUUUGGCAAUCCUAGAAGGGCACACAGGCCCUGUCAAGUGCUUAACAGGAGCAGUGGAUGAUUGUAACCCUUCUGAUACAUCUUAUAGUGUUUAUAGUGGGAGCUUGGACUGUGACAUCAAGAUUUGGAAAGUUACUGUUCCUCAACUGUAGAAGACUAGCAUUUUUCACAUACUGAAGAGACUAUAUUUCAUUUCUCUGCUCCCCUUAAUCAUCUUUGUAAUUUCUUUCCCUUUCUUGUUCAUUUCUCUGGGCUAGCUUUCACUGUGGUAAGUUUGGAUUUCAGACACAGUUCCUCAAGGGGUGGCUAUUAGAUGCUCUCUUUUUUUAUUUUUGGUUUUGUUGCUUAGUUCUAUUGAUUUUUAGAAUGGAAAAUGAGUGAGAUGUACUAGAUAAAUGGCAAACAGUUUU